AUGAUUAGCGAUGUAGAAGCUGCGCAUAUACUUAUUGCUUUGAGUCGCUCAAAACCUAGAGUUGUUGUGAAGCCAAUAAAGAACAAGGAGGAGAAUCCACUUCCUGUUCUUGUUCCACGACAGAAGAGAAGUUCUUCUCGAGUUCCACGUCAGAUGAGAAGAAGCUUUCCUAUGGAUCCUUCUUCUUCUUCUUCAACUGCUAUAGUUGCAUAUGUGAGUCAAGAAGAUGCAUCUCCUCCUCCCUUGAGCCGCAAGAAACGUCCUAUGGAUCCUUCUUGUUCAACUGCUAUAGUGGAAUAUCUGAGUCAAGAAGAAGAUGCAUCUCCUCCCUUGAGACGCAAGAAACGUCCUAUGGAUCCUUCUUGUUCAACUGCUAUAGUGGAAUAUAUGAGUCAAGAAGAAGAUGCGUCUCCUCCCUUGAGACGCAAGAAACGUCCUAUGGAUCCUUCUUGUUCAACUGCUAUAGUGGAAUAUCUGAGUAAAGAAGAAGAUGCAUCUCCUCCUCCCUUGAGCCGCAAGAAACGUCCUAUUGAUCCUUCUUGUUCAACUGCUAUAGUGGAAUAUCUGAGUCAAGAAGAAGAUGCAUCUCCUCCCUUGAGACGCAAGAAACGUCCUUUGGAUCCUUCUUGUUCAACUGCUAUAGUGGGAUAUUUGAGUGAAGAAGAAGAUGCAUCUCCUCCCUUGAGACGCAAGAAACGUCCGCCUCUGUUUCCUCUUGUUGCAAACCAACCUAAGAAGAAGAAGGCAAAAGCAGCAGAUUCUCCGUGGAUGAAAGAGCCAACGCCUGGUUGGUUGUUGACAUUGGUGAAUGGAGAUGAGGAGGAGCUGAAGAAGAUUAUAGAGAAGGAGUUGAGUGCAACCGAUGUUAGCCGUGGUCACAACCGUCUCUCCAUGCCUUGCAGCAACAUCAUUGACUUGGGAUUCUUGAGUCUCACGGAACAAAGGCUCAUAGCUGAAGAUGAGGUGAAGAAGUUCAAGACUGGAAUCAACGCGAAACUCGUCGUGAAAUUCGUGGAUUCUGAUGAUUUAGAGGAGUUUGAUGUGAAUGUGAGGAAAUGGAGGAUGCCUAAGAAGUCAGGGAGCGCUACUUAUGUUUACAAUUUGGUCACAGGAUGGAAUAAAGUGGUUGAUGGUUGUGGUUUAGGUCAGAGUCAUAAGAUUCGACUCUGGUCUUAUCAUUCUGAUGGUGAACUAUGUUUUGCUCUUUCUCUCGCUACUCCUCGUCCUCCUCCUCCUACUAGCCAUCCUCUUCUUCUUCUUCCUCCCCCGCCUCCUAGUGAUACCGAAAAUGCCAAUACCGAGGAGAUGAGCUCUGCUUUAGUGGUCUAUGACAAGUCUAAUGAUGACUUGCAACCCAAGUGA